GGUUCAUCACGCGGGGCUCACGGAAAGAAAGAAAAAUACAGCCGCCUCUGUUGUUUACAGCCUCAGACGACGAAAGCUUCAGUCGCACGAGCAAGCAUUGUUCACAGCCUCAGCAGCCAUGGUAGCCAUGACGAAGAGACUGAAAACUUUUCAGAUAGUCUUAUCGGACCCGAGCAAGACUUUUUACUGCGGCGGGGAGAAGGUGUGCGGCCGCGUGGAGGUGGAGGUGAACGAGUUGACGCGGGUGUCUGCGGUGAAAGUCGUGGCUCUGGGCUGUGCCAAGGUGGAGUACGCUAAGGGGAAGCAGCGAUGCCGACAGGAGGCCGAGUACCUGAGGCACGAGGAGGUCCUGAGCCUGCACGACCAGCCCAAAGAUGCAGAUGGCUCUGUCGUGCUGAGGCCUGGGAAUAAAUAUGAGUACACUUUUGGAUUCGACCUCCCCGACCAAGGGCAGCUGGUAUCCUCUUACAAGGGGAAGUUUGGCUAUGUUCAGUACUAUGUGAAGGCUAAAUUGGAGAGGCCGCUGCAGCCCACGCUUGAGUGCAAGAAAUGCUUCGAGGUGGAGGAACCUCUGGAUGUCAACACCCCAGAUUUACUUUCUCCCACAGGUGGCUCCAAGGAAAAGAAAGUAACCUGCAUGUUCAUUCCCGACGGCCAAGUGUCACUAAACGCCAAAAUCGACAGGCGUGGUUUCUGUGAAGGCGAGGACAUCUGCAUCAACGCCAAGUUCGAGAACACCUGCUCACGCAUCGUGGUUCCCAAAGCUGCCAUCAUUGCCAAACACACAUAUCAGGCCAACGGCCGCACCAAGGUCUUCAGGCAGAAGCUGUCAUCAGUGCGUGGAAACCACAUCAUCUCUGGCAUGUGUGACGCCUGGCAGGGGAAGACCAUCAGGGUACCAAAGAUCAAGCCAUCCAUGCUGAGCUGUAACAUCAUCCGUGUGGAGUAUGCACUAAUGAUUUACGUCCACAUUCCCGGCAGUGAGAAAGUGAUCCUGGAGCUGCCUCUGGUCAUCGGGACAGCCGGUCUCGGCAGCCGCAGCAACAGUGUGAGCAGCCAGGAGGGCUCCGUAAGCAACGCCUCCCAGAGCUGGGUGUCCCUGCAGAUGCCCUCCAAUCCCCCCAGCUACUCUGACAUGACGCGGGACGUUCGGCUCGACCAGCCCCUCACGCCGCUGCUGUGUGACUGCGACGACAUAGAUGGCAGCCCCAUUUUCAUGAGGUCGCCCAGCUUCCAGUUCCCAUCACCGCCUGUGUUUGCCGAGACCGAAGAAGAGUACAACGGAAACAACGUUUGCAUGCUGCCAGUCUGCUGAAUGCUGCAGCUGCGGGUCCAGUUCUCCAAGACCAAUCAUUGAAUGCACUUCAACAAGAAGCUGGAGGUCCAAACUGGAGAGAACCUGCGAUGAUGAUGUUUCUGCAUAUGCCUGUGCUUCAUCCAGAGUUUCCCCCUGGUGUUCGGUUGGUCCUGAAGGUCUCCGUCUGCUGUUCCUCCCGUCUAAAGGCUCCAUGGAGUAACCGGAGUCCGUUGGUGUUGCUGCUUCCUGUCGAACACUUUUUUUUUUUUACUCUUUGAGAAGGAGCCGUGUGUGAGUCAGGCUGUGACUCCUGGCUGGUUUGUUCAUUCCAGUUAUAUCCAGUUUCUUCCAAAGAGGAGCUGUGGCUCUCAGCAGGCUCAUCAGUUUGUUGGGAACAAACGUUUAGGAUGAUAAAGGAGCCUCCUUAUUUCCACAGAGCAUUAUCUCAGCAUGUUGUGUAUGACUCCUUUUUCUUUUUUUUUUUGAAUCGCACUUUUUAAAGUUAUGCUCUGUUACUGCAAACAAACGUUUUUGGCUGUGUGUUACAAAUGUAAAAAAAUGUUUUUUUAAUUUAAAAAGAAAAAAAGAGAAAUCCCAAAUUUGAUUAUAUUCUGACUUUAAUUCUUUUCAGCAGGUGUGAUGCUGAAGCACCUUACAGAACUGCUGUAUCUGUUCUGCAGUUGUCUCAGACAACAUUUCAGUCAAAUCUGCCCUCUUUCUUCACUUUAAAAGUUUGAAAAGUGUUUUAAGACUGAGUUGUAAGAAAGUAUUUUUGUAUGAACCCCAUGGGUCAAAUUUUAUAUAAUAAACGCUUGAAAAGAAAAA